UAGAAUCCAAAGUCAUUUUUUUUAUACGUUUUCUAAACACAUAAUAUUACUAGUUCCAAAUGUAGUAAUAGAAAACGAAAUAAAUAAUGAAGCUGCUAUGCUGGGACUCGUUUGGUUGGCCCAUGCGCAACCAUCUGCCUAAUUCUUUGUCCUGGACAGAGGAUGUGACCACCUUAAGUAUGCUUAACGAGAGUCAGAAAAUGGUGGAUGGGUCCAUUGGAUGCUGCUCCAUAGACUGGCUUAUGCAACUCCAGCAACCCUCGUGUCCACUGGUGAGGCUCUUGAUACUCGGGUUGUUGGCGUUGCCAGUUUAUAAUGCGAUAUUGAUUGUGGUGGGAUGGCGUCUACACUGCAGUGCUUGCAGCAGUGCCGAGCGUUUGGUGCUGGACAUCCAAAGGACCAGACCUCUCAAGCGUCGAGCUCCCUCACCUCCUUCACCUCCACCAGCUCCAAGACCACCACCGCGUCUUCGUCGACAUAAAACCCCCAAAAGUCCAUCAUCAAGUCUGAUAUUGUGGUAUCCAAAAGCCCAUCUCAGCCCAAAGAAUCCCUUUGAUGAGGAGGACCAGUACAGAAACCUCAGGGAGAAUCUGAAGAUGGUGCUAGGUGGCUUGCAGAGGGCUCCUUUGCCACUUCCGCCACCAAAGCCCAUCUUUAUACCCCCUCCAGUUGAACCCCUAACGCCGCCGGAAUCACUGACUCCAACUGAAUCGCCCCGGAGAAAAGACCAAAAGCCACGCUCCAAAGUUUUAUCAGGGAUCCUUAAACAUCUAGGCGUGAGUUCCAUUCGUAAGAUAUGGAAAACACAUGCCAGCCGAAAGAAAAGUACGACUUCUGCCACCAGCUCCAGCAUGGGUACCAGCUCCUUCUAUGUCUACUAAAGCGAAGUCUGGCUAAGAUAGGGGACACAUCCAUCAAGAAAUCAGCGCUCCAUUCAGUGUGAAACUGUGCGAUUAUAUUUUGUUACGAUUAAAAGCGUGCUGAGGUCAACCUUGUUGGCCCGGCCCAUUAAGGCCUUGAA